AUGUCCGACUGCGCGUCUAAAGCUAUCAAGGAACUCUAUGACGCAGGGGAGAUCCAUGGUAUUGUCACGGCUGGCGGAUCAGGAGGCACAUCACUUGCAGCACCAGUCAUGAGGGACGUUCUCCCUAUAGGCUUUCCCAAGUUGAUCGUCUCGACCAUCGCCAGCGGCGACACCGGGCCGAUUGUUGGAGAGACUGACAUUGCCAUGCUCUAUUCGGUCGUCGAUGUGGCUGGAUUGAACCAGGUGCUUCGAGACAUUCUGAGCAAUGCCGGUGCGUUCAUCGCCGCUGCAGCGGCCUCAUUCGCAAAUAGGACCAGGCAGGCGCCAGCUUCGAGCGUCGGCUCCCCGAAGAAGCGUAUAGGUAUCACCAUGUUCGGCGUUACGACGCCAGGUGUGGAUGCGAUCAGAAAGCAUCUAGAUACAAAGGGUGGUAUUGAGACGUAUGUCUUCCACGCUACCGGCCACGGCGGCAAGUCUAUGGAGAGACUGGUUCGCGAGGGGGCACUGGACGCUGUCUUAGAUCUCACGACAACAGAGAUAUGUGACUUGUUGAAUGGGGGCAAUAUGAGUGCCGGUCCAGACAGGCUCAACGCUGCAGCGGAGGCCGGAGUCCCUUAUCUCGUCUCAUUGGGAGCAACAGACAUGACCAACUUUGGUCCAAGAAAUACCGUCCCAGAGAAAUACAAAGAUAGGCUGCUGUACGAACACAAUCCGGUGGUCACACUCAUGCGGUCGUCGGAAGAAGAAUGCCGACAUGUCGGCCAGUUCAUUAGUACGAAGCUCAAGCGAUUUGCGAAAAGGCACGAAUUAGUACAGGUGUGGAUACCGAGGGGCGGUGUGAGUAUGAUUUCGACUCCAGGAGCCCCUUUUGCAGACCCUGAGGCCGAUGAGGCGCUUUUCUCCGCCGUGAGGGCAGGCCUAGAGAGGACGGGCAUUGAAGUCAUCGAUGAUCCGAGAGAUGUCAACGACGCGGGAUUCGCAAGAGAUAUCGCUGAAGCGCUCUUAGCAAAGAUGAGCCUCGUGUAG